AGCUUUGCCUGCAAAUCAUGAUCAGAUUUUGUAUCCUGUGCGCGGGCUGGACUGGUAGGAAAAUUUCUGUUUUUUUGGCCGAAAAAUCGCCGAAAUAAACCGAAACAAAACGAUUUUUCUCUGAAAUUUUCCAACCGGAGGCGAUUUUUUCAAAAAAUCGCCGAAAUUUCUCCUUUUACCGAAAUUUAUCUGAAAUUUCUCCGAUUUUUGGCGAAAUUUACGGAUAAUUCUUCCGUCGACAUUUCGCCCCCUCUUUCGUUUCGCCGACCUCCGAAACACGAAAUUUCGCCGAAAUUUCGGCGAAAAAAACAGAAAUUUUCAUCCUUGGGCCAUAACACAAGAUUUCCAUUUAAAACCCCCUUAAAACCCUAGCUACGGUGAAGCGCUUUGUUCUCUGCCCUGGGUGUCUUUCGGGGAGGAGAAACUCAGUUUCGAACUGGUCGCCGGAAGUAAACCCUCUGCCGGUCGGUUGGCCGAGACCAAGAGAGAACGCAAAUACCGGUUAUCUGAAUUGGAAUAUAUCUCCAAUGGAGAUUAAUUUGGGAAAGCUUCCAUUCGAUAUUGAUUUCCAUCCUUCCAACACGCUCGUUGCUGCAGGUCUGAUUAAUGGAGACCUUCACUUGUAUCGUUAUGGUGCCAAUUCCUUACCACAAAGGCUAUUGGAGGUUCACGCCCAUGGCGAAGAAUCUUGUAGAGCUGUUCGUUUUAUCAACGAGGGACAUGCAAUUGUGACCGGUUCUCCAGACCGCUCAAUUCUUGCCACGGAUGUGGAAACUGGAUCAGCUAUUGCUCGGCUUGAACAUUCUCAUGGGGCUGCCAUUAAUCGAUUGAUCAACUUGACUGAAACAACCAUUGCCUCGGGAGAUGAUGAAGGAUGUAUUAAGGUAUGGGAUACCAGACAACAAUCUUGCUGCAACUCCUUUGAUGCUCAUGAAGAAUAUAUUUCAGAUAUGACUUUUGCAUCUGAUUCCAUGAAACUUUUGGGAGUGAGUGGAGAUGGGACUCUAUCUGUUUGCAAUCUUCGAAGAAAUAAGGUCCAAGUUCAGUCUGAGUUUUCAGAAGAUGAGCUACUGUCUGUUGUUAUAAUGAAGAACGGUCGAAAAGUUAUUUGUGGAACACAGAGUGGAGCUCUAUUACUGUAUUCAUGGGGCCAUUUCAAGGAUUGCAGUGACCGCUUUAUUGAUCUCUCUCCAAACUCCGUUGAUGCUUUAUUGAAGCUUGAUGAAGAUAGGGUCAUUACUGGAUCUGAGAAUGGACUCAUCAGCCUGGUAGGCAUAUUACCAAACAGAAUAAUCCAACCAAUUGCAGAGCAUUCAGAAUAUCCUGUUGAGCGCCUUGCCUUUUCUUUUGAUAGAAAGUAUCUUGGCAGUAUAUCACAUGACCAGAUGUUGAAGCUAUGGGAUUUGGAUGAUCUAUUGCAAGGCUUUGGAAGUACUCUAAGGAGUCGAGAAGCCAUGGCAGACAGUGAUAGCGAUGAAAUGGAUGUGGAUGCUAAAGAGACCAAAAGAAAAACAGCGAGUAAUGGACAAGCUCUUAACAGCUCUAGUAGCUUUUUUGCCGAUUUGUAGUGAGAUGAUGGAACCACUCCUUUUACAACUUGGUGGUAACUGAACAUUUCUGAGAGAAAGUCCUCAUUCACAAUUGCAAAGGCAUACCUUAAUCCUGUAUGUUGGAAGAAUGCUUUGGUUACUAGGAAUAAAUAUUGUCGUGGGUGAAGUGUGCUUUCAAAGUUUUGGUUUAUUUAUUACCUUCCUUGCAUUCAAGAGUCUGAAAUUUUUUAUGAAACAAGUGUUGUUAUUAUCCAUAUUAUCAACCAAUGAAAUGUAGAAAUUGAUUCCAUUGGGAUGAUUAUUUGUUGAAGUAAAAAAAACAAAUGGAUUUGGUUAAGAAAACCUAAUCAGGAAUGAUGCUACAAGCCUUCAUGUGGUA